AUGGAUUUUCAACGUGAUUCAAUUCGUUCAUUAUCAAAUUAUGAAACAUAUCUUGUUGUUAAACAAAUUCAUGAAACAAAUAAUGAGCGUGAAAAUGGUAAACGUGGUAAAAAAGGGCAAAAUCGUACACUUGAACAUUGUAAUUAUGGUUUAAAUACUGUUACAUAUGAAACAUUAAAAUAUCUUGAACAAACUCCAUGUGUUGAACAAAAUCCUAAUAUUAUAACUCAAUUUUAUAAUGAAAUUAAAAAAUUUGAUUUAAAAAAAAAUGAAAUACUUCAAAUACUUAAUUUACGUCCAACAACACCUGUUGAAUUACAAUUAAUUAUUGAAGAUUCAGAAACACGUUUAACUGAAAUACAAAGUAAUGAAUUAAUUGAUUUAAUACGAACACAAUUACCACCUGUUGGUGGUUCAAAUCAAACAAAUCUACCUAAUGAAACAAUGGAAUCAUGA